AUGGAGGACGAAGUUGCUGCUCUUGUUAUUGAUAAUGGUUCCGGUAUGUGUAAGGCCGGUUUCGCUGGUGACGACGCUCCUCGUGCUGUCUUCCCUUCUAUUGUCGGUCGUCCUCGUCACCAAGGUGUCAUGGUCGGUAUGGGUCAAAAGGACUCUUAUGUUGGUGAUGAAGCCCAAUCUAAGAGAGGUAUCUUGACUCUUCGUUAUCCUAUUGAACACGGUAUUGUUACCAACUGGGACGACAUGGAAAAGAUCUGGCAUCACACUUUCUACAACGAACUUCGUGUUGCUCCCGAGGAACAUCCUGUCCUCUUGACUGAAGCUCCUUUGAACCCCAAGUCUAACCGUGAGAAGAUGACCCAAAUCAUGUUUGAGACCUUCAACGCUCCUGCCUUCUACGUUGCUAUUCAAGCCGUUCUUUCCUUGUACGCCUCUGGUCGUACCACUGGUAUCGUUCUCGAUUCUGGUGAUGGUGUUACCCACACUGUUCCUAUUUAUGAAGGUUAUGCUCUUCCUCACGCUAUCUUGCGUUUGGAUAUGGCUGGUCGUGAUUUGACUGACUACUUGAUGCGUAUCCUUGCUGAGCGUGGUCAUUCCUUCACUACUACUGCUGAACGUGAAAUCGUUCGUGAUAUCAAGGAGAAGCUCUGUUAUGUUGCCCUUGAUUUCGAACAAGAGAUGCAAACUGCUGCUCAAUCCUCUGCUCUCGAGAAGUCUUAUGAACUUCCUGAUGGUCAAGUCAUCACUGUUGGCAACGAACGUUUCCGUGCUCCUGAAGCUCUCUUCCAACCUGCUCUUUUGGGUCUUGAAUCUGCUGGUAUCCACGAGACUACUUACAACUCCAUCAUGAAGUGUGAUGUUGAUAUCCGUAAGGACUUGUACUCUAACAUUGUCAUGUCUGGUGGUACUACUAUGUAUCCUGGUAUUGCUGACCGUAUGCAAAAGGAAAUCACUGCUCUUGCUCCUUCUUCCAUGAAGAUCAAGAUCGUUGCUCCCCCAGAGAGAAAGUACUCCGUCUGGAUUGGUGGUUCCAUCUUGGCCUCUCUCUCUACUUUCCAACAAAUGUGGAUCUCAAAGCAAGAAUACGACGAAUCCGGACCUUCUAUUGUCCACAGAAAGUGCUUCUAA